AUGGAAGAGGAGGCGAGGCCAAGCAAGAAGGCGCGCGGGGCCGCCGGUUCCGGCCUGACUGCGUUCGCGCUUCGCCUGGCGAAGCAUCUCACUGAGGACGCCGAUGGCGGCGGCCAGAACUAGAACCUCGCCUUCUCGCCGGUGUCCAUCUACGACGCGCUGUCCCUGGUGGCGGCCGGGGCGCGCGGCACCACCCUGGACGAGCUCCUCGCCCUGCUCGGCGGCGACGAGCUCGCCGAGUUCGCCCGCGGCGUGGCGGAGCGCGCCCUCGCGGACCGGUUCGGGUCCGGGUCCAGGGCGCCGCUCGUCGCCUUCGCGUGCGGGCUCUGGCACGAGAAGACGGUGGCGCUGAAGCCGGCCUACCGCGCAGUCGCCGUCGAAUCCUACAAGGCCAAGACGCGCGCCGCCGAUUUCAGCAAGAAGCCAGAGAAGGCAAGGAAGAAAAUCAACAGGUGGGUCUCGAAGGCCACAAAGGAUCUCAUCACCGAGGUCCUUCCUCCGCGUUCCGUGCACUCCCCUGACCGGCCUCGUGAUUGCCAACUUAACGCCAUCUACUUCAAGGGCAGGUGGUCCAUGCCCUUCGACCAGGCGGCCACCGAGACCGCGCGGUUCCACCUCCUCUACGGCAGCACAGUGCGCGCGCCCUUCAUGCGCAACCGGAAGGAUCAUGCCAUCGAGCGGCACAAAGGGUUCAAGGACAGUUAUCUCCAUGAUGGCAGCGGCCAAGGCUCAGGCGAGCAGCCCCGGUUCUCCAUGUGCGUCUUCCUACCGGACGCCCGGGACGGCCUGCCGGAGCUCGUGGACAAGAUGGCCUCCUGCCCCAACUUCCUCUGGGACCACCUACCCAAGAGCCGCAUCGAGACUAAAGAGGUGCGGCUGCCCAUGUUCAAGCUCUCGUUCUCCAGCCGGAUCAAUGGCGUUCUCGAGGCCAUGGGGAUGCAAGCCGCCUUUGACCCAGGCGAGUCCAACCUGAAAGACAUGCUGGAGGGCAACCAGCCUCUGGUAGUGGAGCAUGUUUUCCACAAGGCAGUCAUCGAGGUGAAUGAGGAUGGGACGGAAGCAGCGGCCUCUAGCGCUUGCACAUUGCAAUUGCUAUGUCUAUGUACUAGGCCCCCUGUGAACUUUGUUGCCGACCAUCCAUUUGCGUUCUUUGUGGUGGAGGAGGUGUCGAGUACCAUCAUCUUCAUGGGGCACGUCCUCGACCCGACAAAUUCAGAGCGAAUGUGUCAUUGUGUGGGGGGAAGUUCUACUGUCACCUCGGUAAGAAUGUUUCAUGAAGAAUAG